AUGAAUGUUCUCCCAAGCGUUGGUGUUUGGAAUGAUGAAAAAAAUGCCUACAUUGGUAGCAUUGAAUUACAAAAAGUUGCAUCAAAAGUUGGUAAAACCUUUGAAGGUUUCCAACAUAUCGGUUCACAAACCUCAACUUACAACUAUACUACAAAACAAUUAAGUUUUAUUGUUAAAGAAAUUGCCACCCAAACUAAAUAUCUCUAUAGUGUUGAUACCACCACAUGGAAUGAGAUCAACAGAUCAUCUAUUGGCAAAGAUUACAACUACGCUGGUUUAGCUUAUGAUAACACCAAUGAUGCUUUCAACUUAUUUGGUACCUCAGCAAAUGGUGAUAAUAACCUCCAUGUUUGUAAAAUCAGUCCAAAUGACCAUGCUGCUAAAAACACCCACACUUUCCCAGGUGAACUUUGCUCAACCUUCUUCCAUCCAAAAAUUAAAACCUACUUUGUAUUCUUCACCAAAGCACAACAACCAGAUCAAAUCUAUGUAAACUCAUAUGAUAUGAAUGCCCAUCCAAUCCUUAUUGAUCAAGCCUAUCAAGUUAAAAACGUUGGCCAAGGUUUCAAACCAUUCCCAUCAACUUUAAAAAAUCUUGCAUACAUUCCAAGCAAAGAUUUAAUCGUUUGCAACAUUAGAGUCGAAAGCAGCUAUAUCUCAGGUCCAGAACUUUUCUUCAUUUCAACUACAAACAAAACCAUUACCAAUACAAGUUGGAACGGUAAUGAAGGCUUUUUAUCAAGAAUGGAAACCCCUUAUGCUUUAUUCCCAGAUCUCAAAUUACCAAGAAUCUACCAAAUCGUUCAAAAUGCUGAUAAAUCCUUUAAAUUAUAUACCUACAGUACCUAUAACAAUAGAUGGCAAGAAACCAAAACAUUCGGAAUUCCAGUCACUGCUAUUUGGGAACUUUAA